AUGGGGUCUACAACUUGUCGGGUAGAGGAUACCCCCAUUACCCUGAAGAUCAGCUUCGAGGGCCUCACUCGCCGCCAUAAGCUGGGCCUCCGUGAGGUUGGACCUUGCUCGUUGGAGAACAAGGUCCGCGAUUUUCUUGGGAUUCCCGCCGACGUUGACCUCGUGCUUGAAAGAUACUCCGACUCUGCCGGGGCAUACGUCACACUCGACGCCGACGACCCCCCUGUGUACAAACAACUCUACCGGGCUGCCAAGGCCAAGCAGAAGCUCAAGCUGCGAGUUACGCGUCGGGAGCAGCAGGCGGACCAGACCGCGACCGGUCUCCAGCCUGCCCACAUUGAAGAUGCCCCACCACCUUCCUCGGGUUCUUCUGAACCCAUGCAUCCGAUUUACACCAGUUCUGCUGCGUCCUUGUCAGGUACAGGUCAAUACCACGAACCCAGGCCCGAGCCCGUGAAUGAUGUGAACAAGGACUUGCCGUGUACCGACACCGGCGGCGAUUUCGAGGGCUCGCUUAUGGCAUUGAUGAAGGAGCACGUCAAGAUCCAUGACGCCAGCGUCUGUGCCGCGCGCCAGAACUUCUCUGCUCAGAUGUCGACGAUGAACGACCUCGCAUACGCCUACGGUGCCGACGCUAGCGAUGCGUGGUACUCUCCAACCGGUGGUUGCACCUCCAAAAGCGUCUCACUCGAACAACUACCUCCUCACCUCACGUAUGCUGUGUGCUGUAACAACUGUGACAAGACGGUUCCUGGCACGCACUACCACUGCGCGACUUGCGAUGACGGAGACUUCGACUUGUGCCAGAGCUGCGUCGACAGCGGCAUUGUUUGUCACGACCAGAACCACUGGCUGAUCAAGAGAACGGUCAAAGAUGGCCAGGUCAUCACAAGUACUACGGAGACUAUUGCUCCCAAGCCCAAGCCCAAGCCCGAGGUCACGCCCGAGGUCAAGCUGUCCGAGGAUCCUUUCGAGCUUAAACUUGAGAUGGCGCCACCCAAGCCACGGUGUGAUGAAGUAUCGGAACUUGCCGCCGAGCAAGAAACAUGCCUCACUAAUGAUCAUGUUAAUAUUAUUCCCUGCAACAUCCGGACCUGCAACUCGUGCAUUCAUGACUUUGAUGAGAGCGAGUUUGUGCACUGCACCACCUGUGAAGAUUACGAUCUUUGCCUCUCGUGCUUCGAGAAGGGCGACCAUGGCCACCACCCCCGACACGGCUUUGUACCUGCCGUGGAGGGCUCGGUCUUGCCUGGGCACAUCCAGGCUCGACUUGCUCCUGGCCGGAAUCAGUCACACAACGCCUUCUGCGAUGGGUGUGACGCACCUGUUUAUGGUAUUCGCCACAAGUGUCUCGAUUGCCCCGACUGGGACUAUUGCAGCGACUGCGUCGUGAGUGUCGCGGUCAAACACCCCGGCCACCGCUUCGUCCCCGUCUAUGAGCCUCUCCAGACCGUCAGGCGUCAGACGUUUGGCAGUCAGAACGUGCACUUCGGCAUCUGCUGCGACGGCCCGCUUUGUUGCAGUGUCACCAGCAUGCCCCAGUACAUCUCGGGUAUCCGCUACAAGUGCACCAUCUGCCCUGACACCGAUUUCUGUGCCAACUGUGAGGCCAGUCCCCAAAAUCACCACAACCCGUCGCAUCCGCUCCUCAAGAUCCGGACGCCGAUCCGGCAAGUCACUGUCACGACGACGGGCGAACAGGGCACUGGCGAACUGAUGCCGCAGAUGGGCGACCGCUACAAGAUGUGCUCGUGCUCUCGCGGGGCUGAUACGAGGUCGAUGGCCUCGGUGCAGACAGUCGCAGAUCUUGACCCGGUUCCUGUUCACGAGAAGUUCCUCGAGGAAGAUACCGUGACAUUGAAUGGAUAUAAAGAAUACGUCAAGAGUCUCGAAGAAGAACCCGAGCCGGUUGAGGAGAUCAAAGAGAUGCAGCUUACCGAGAAAGAUCUAUCGGCUGUCUUUGUCAGUGACACAGUUGUCGACGGCACCACGCUGCCUCCCAAUCACGUCUUCCAGCAGACUUGGGUCCUUCGGAACGACGGCGGGUUUGCCUGGCCGGAGAACUGCUGUGUCAAGUUCGUCGGCGGCGAUUACAUGGGCCACGUCGACUCGAAUCAGCCGGCGGGCAUCUCGGAGCUCGUUUCGGCUUCCGAGUCGACCAUCUGCUACCAGCCGCUCCAGCCGGGCCUAGAGUUUUCGUUCACCGUCCUCUUGCGCACUCCGGCCCGUGAAGGCAAGUUCACUUCGUUUUGGCGGCUGGCGUCGAAGGACGGGCUCAAAUUCGGCGACCGUCUCUGGUGCUAUGUCAAAGUCGAGAACCCUCCCCAGGUCAUUACGGCGACCGAAAAGGCCGAGGAGCAGCCCGAAGAGAAGAAGCUCCAGGCGGAGGUCCAGGCGGAGGUCCAGGAAGAGAAGGGCGAUGACGCACAUGCCAGCCAGAUGAUUUUUCCCAAACUAGCGAAUGAGUCCCCCAUCUCCAGCGUUCAUGAGGAGGCUAGGUCGGAAACGGCCUCUUCCCCCACUGCCACGGACGGGGUAGAGGACGAUGAAAUGAGCGAGGUCGACGAUUUUGGGGACUGCGAUGAGCCAGUGGCGUGGAACGGCUCGGAUGGUGGAUUCAUGACCGACGAGGAGUACGACAUUCUUGAUGCCUCGGAUGAGGAGUACCUCGAACAGCAGGAGAAGCGACUGCGGAAGUGA